UACAGCAAAGUUUAGCGGAAUUUAUUUUGAGGAGGAAUUCGUUACCAGGAUGCGAUUUAUAAAAUGAUGAAAUGAUGUUUUUUUCUUAGUAAGCUUGGUAAUUUGAUAACAUGUCCUUACAAAUGAAGGAGUUUCAACUUCACCCGGCAUAAUUUGGUGAUUUUGUUACAAAUUUAACAUGCAUCGUAUACGGUUUAAAGUGUCUCUAGUGUUUGUGUUAGGUUUUGCGGUGGGAAUCGCGGGGGAACCUUCUUCUUCGGAAGUAAGCUGUCAGUUCAAACAUGGCAAGUGUACCUAUGACAUUUACCUUAACCAUGCAGAGGCAUGCGCUCCAUCGAGGCAGACGACAUUUGAGGAAACUAAUUCUUUCUUCAAACCUCAAGAAAUCCGACUACCUGCCGAUGAAAAGAUGACAAAAAUGCAAAAAGAUUUUAACGUUGUGAAAUCCGAUCAUGAAAAUAGAAUCAAAGAGCUCGAAAGUUCUAUACAGAAAGUACUCAGGAAUGCAAUUCCAUUGCAGCCUGUUAAGUAUUCGAAUAACCAUGUUCAAGUUGAAUCCACUUCUCGUCAUGGAAACCUGAUAGAAACCAAACAACCAAACCAGGAAGGUUCGGGGAAUAUCCUUCUCCUACAAUUGCAAAAUCAGUUUCAAUGCAAUAAGAGAACAUCUCUUAGUCAAAGAACAGCUGAUCUAUUAGAAACAAGAAAAUAA